AUGCAUUCAUCAUCGUGGGCUGCUGCUGCGGCAUGCUUGACAGCAGCAGGCACCUUGGCUGUGGUGGCCUGGAUCUGGCUGAGGUCUCCGCAUGCCAACCGGGCCGACAUUGUGAAGGCUUUACGGGACCUACGUGAGGACUGCAAAACGGUUUACGCCGAAGCGGCUGCAACCGUGCGCGAGACGGACGGCUCUGCCAGCCGAUGCAAUGCAGAGGAGGGUUCGGACCUUUCGGAAGUGCUGGAUCAGCCUUUGCUUCUUCAGCACAGCCUCCGAUCUGUCACCGAGCGGGCAGCAAAGGGUUUAGGAGGCAACUGGCUCGCCGACGACUUUGAAACUGCUGUACAGAGCUAUGCAGACGAGCAGCUUGUGAGGGAAGAUCUGGCCGAGCUGCAGCGAGAGCACCUCAAGGCCCUUCGGGGAGAUCUCGUGGACCGAGGCGACCAAGGCGCGCACGGCGGUCCCUGGGAAUCGGAGCGUCUGCUGCCGGUGCUCAGAGACCUUUGCGCCCAUCGCCUGCGAGCGCUGGAGGUGCCGCCACAGACGCGGGCCGGUACUUAUGAGUGCUCUGGCCAGAAGAAAAUGGAGGACACCGGCUCUGUGCCACAGUUUGUGUUGGUUGCAGUCGAUGAUUUCUGGACUCCGAAGUCCUUCGCGGCACCUCCAGCUCCAGCGGUCUCCGGCGAAGAGUCCAGGCUGCGCCGCUCAUUCGGCCCUGCUGUCGUGCAGCGCUCCUUGACAGACAAUGGCUUCCGGGCUAGCUGUGACGAACUGGAGCUGGAGCUGGAUGCCAGGCGCUUCUUGCCCUUCUGGUUCCUUUUCUGCCUAGCUGUGCCGGCUUGCCAGGAAGAGCACCGCAUCGACCAAGAAGCGCAAGUGGAGGAGCUCAGCGAGGAGAGCGAUGGCGAGGUCGCGUCGCCCCAUGCGCUGUUCGCUGAGCAGAUCACCGUGGAGGAGUUAGAGAAAUGGAAAGAGACACUUGCGGAGGAGGAGAAGCGUGAGCAGAUGGAGAGAGACGAGCAGGAAAGAAUCGCAAGAGAGGAAGACAGAAGACGAAGGGAAGCCGAAGAGGAAACGCAUCGGAAGCGUGAGGAGGAAGAGGCCAAAGCCCGGAAAGAGGCUGAAGAGGCUAGAAAGGCAGCUGAAGAAGCUGAACAAGAAAGGCGGCGCCAGGAGGAAGACCUCAUACCUCCUGGUGCGCACCCUCCCGAUGUUUUGGGUUUGAUUCCUCCAGGUCUGAAGCCCGACAAGGCUCACUUGUACAAAACCUCGUUCUGCAAACGCUGGGAGCAAGGCAACUGCAAUUUCGGCUCCGCAUGCCACUUUGCACAUGGCGAGCGCGAGCUAAGAGGACGGAUGCCCUCUCAGGGCCUCGGCCUCGGCCCUUCGGCGCCUCCUAGGCCUGCUGGCGCUUUGGGGCCGGUGCCGGUGCAGGUGUCGCCGCCGCGUCCUCCAGUGCCACCUCGGCCACCCGUCCCCGUGCCAAUGGGCAAAGGAGACUGGAAGGGCGACCUGAACAAAGGCAAAGGCUUUUUUAGCGAGGGUAAGGGCGGAGCUUGGGGACACGACGAUUGGAACGACUGGGGCUCUGCCUCUGCCUGGGGGUUUGGAGCUGGCGCAUGCGGCUGCAGUGCUGGUCCCUGUGCCUGUGCCGGCUGCGGUGGUGGCUGUGGAUGCGUCGGCUACGGUGGUGGAACUGGCUGCGGGGCCGGCUGUGCAGCCGGAUGUUCGGGUUGCGGCAUCUCGGAGGGAGACUGGGCUGCAGAGUGGACAGGAGGUGGCCAGGCAGAGUGGGUUGGCUGCGGCAGUGAGUGGGGAUAA